AUGCAACGCUUAGAGCACUCCCAUUCUAUCAUUAUUCUGGAGCUGAAUAAAGGUGCUUUAAGCAGAAAUCGCAAUACGAAGUAAAACAAGACAAAGGCAAGAAAGGAUUUCUUAAGAAUGGAGCCCAAAACAAACAGGCGUGAAACGGAGAACAGCAAAAAAAGCAAUGACUCGGAAGGCACCGAUCAAGGCAAGAACUGUAAAAUGUCUCCAGUUACUCUCAAUGUUGGUGGAUAUUUGUAUGUUACGCAAAUGCAAACACUAACCAAGUAUCCAGACUCCUUUUUGGAAAGAGUUGUAAAUGGGAAAAUUCUAUGUCCGUCUGAUACUGAAGGCCAUUAUUUCAUAGACAGGGAUGGUCUGCUCUUUAGGCACGUUCUGAACUUCUUACGGAAUGGAGAGCUGCUUCUACCAGAGGGAUUUAAAGAAAACCAACUUCUGGCACAAGAGGCAGAAUUCUUUCAGCUUAAAGUGUUAGCUGAUGCAGUGAAAUCCAGGUGGGAGAAGGAGCAGCUUGCAUCCAGAGAGACUACCUUUCUAGAAAUAACAGACAGCCACGACCGUUCACAGGGCCUUCGGAUUUUUUGCAAUGCUCCUGAUUUCAUAACAAAAAUAAAAUCUCGCAUUGUUUUGGUGUCCAAAAGCAGGCUGGAUGGCUUUCCAGAGGAGUUUUCAAUCUCUUCCAACAUCAUUCAGUUUAAAUACUUCAUAAAGUCAGAAAAUGGAACUCGGCUUGUUUUGAAGGAAGAUAAUACUUUUGUUUGCACCCUGGAAACUCUUAAAUUUGAAGCUAUUAUGAUGGCACUAAAGUGUGGAUUUAGAUUGCUGACCAGUCUGGAUUGUACCAAGGGGUCAAUUGUUCACAGUGAUGCACUUCAUUUUAUCAAGUAAUCACUUCUCUCGAUAGACAAAAGGCCACAAGCAUGCAGCCUGUAAAUCUCAUUAAACUUCAAGACAUCGCAAAAUGAUCUCACCAGCUCUGUACAACACAGAGCACUGCUGCUAAUGAAUAAAUGUGAGUUAAUGGUAUGUAAACUGUAACAUCCAUCGCUAAGUUCUUUGUGCCUAAAUUUAAUAAAAAAAUACUAGUGAAUAUGAUAAAAAAUAAGAGUGAAUGCAAAAGCUAUUU